AAUGCGUGUGUAUUUGCUAUGUGUGUCUAUAGUGUCUGUGUACCUCUGUGACUAUAUACACAGCCAAACACGUGCGCCUGUGUGUCUCACGGUAUUGUACACCCACCACGCACCCCACCUGUGCAAUUCCUGGCUUCUUACACUCUGUGAAGGAGGGGGGGGUUUCACAGCUGCAGAUGCAUUGCACAUUCUGGUUCACUUCCCCCACCACGUUCCCCGUCUAGCGCUCCAUGGUGUAUCAACUCGGGUGCCUUCCACCGUGGGUGAGAGGGGCCAUGGUGAUCCCGGCCCCCCCAACCCCCUCUGCCUCAACCCGCCCCGGCGCUGGAGUCCUGUUCCCGUGCUACAGAGGGCAGCAGCGGGACGCGCAAGCAGAGGUGGAGCGGUCAGCGUCGGGGCACCAAAGGCAAUCUCAUCCCUUCCAAACCAACGAUGCACGUUGAAUUUCCUCCCUCCGCUUGCAAUAUUGUUGCACACUGACUUAGCAUCUGCAAAGUGUCGGGCCGCAGGAAGGAUUAAAGGGACAGUGGGGAUGGACUCGUCCCGCAGCCAAGUAGUGAUGAAUUCCUGGAGACCAGAAAUUGAACAAUUCCAGGAAAGCGACACAAAAAAGGACGAGGAGAAGCAGUACCUUGAUAUUAUCAGCAACAAAAACAUUAAACUUGCUGAACGAGUGCUGAUCCCAGUGAAACAGUAUCCUAAGUUCAAUUUUGUGGGGAAGUUGCUGGGACCACGAGGAAACUCACUGAAGAGGUUACAGGAAGAAACAGGUGCAAAAAUGUCAAUCCUGGGCAAAGGUUCAAUGAGGGACAAAGCCAAGGAAGAAGAACUGAGGAAAGGUGGAGAGGCCAAGUAUGCACACUUGGGUGAUGAUCUACACGUGUUGAUCGAGGUCUUUGUCCCAGCGGGAGAGGCCUACUCACGAAUGAGCCACGCACUGGACGAGGUGAAGAAGUUCCUGGUGCCAGAUUACAAUGAUGAGAUCCGUCAGGAGCAGCUGAGGGAGCUCUCGUACCUGAACGGCUCGGAAGAUUCCACUCGAGGACGGGGCACACGUGGACGGGGGCUUCGAACUCCCCUCACACCGGCAGUCAGGGGACGCGCCACUGCCCUCCUUCCCGGACGGGGAGUUCCGGUUCCCAGACCGCCGGCAUUGGCCCGUGGCGUGCCCCUCCCACCCCACGCGGGCAGGGGCACCGCAGCGCCCCGUGGCCGGGGAGGACCGGGAGCAGCGGGCUAUCGGCCUCCGCCACCCCCGGAAGAGGACACCUACGAUGAAUACGGUUAUGAUGAUGGCUAUGGAGGAGACUAUGAUGACCAAAGCUAUGAUACCUAUGAUAACAGUUAUGCAAGUCAAGUGGAGAGUGGCCCGGAAUAUUAUGACUAUGGACACGGAACAAGUGAAGAUACAUACGACAGUUAUGGUCAAGAAGAAUGGGUGCCUUCCCGACCGAGUCUGAAAGCACCAAUUCCAAGGUCAAGAGGGACAUACAGAGAACAUCCCUAUGGUAGAUAUUGAAGGCUGCCCUUGUCCUAUGACCUCAGCUCAAUGACUACAUGCGUGUCCUGUGGUCAUCGUAUAGACUACUACAAGACAAGUGUCUAAUAGUAUGGUAACCGUGAAAAAUCAGGACAAGCACAAAGGUUCAGCCUAACCAAAGCUCCUUGAGAAUGAGUCACAGCCGGAUAUUGGGGAUUGACACUUAGAGGCAGGAUAACUCCGGAAUAAAGAGAAAGCAAAUCUCUGGCCAAAGGUCAUCAUUGUCCAGCUGGUGAGAGGAGAUUCUGGCCGGAUGACAGGUCACAGGAAGUGAGACCGCUGGUGAGGAAAUCACGGACAAACAGAUCACGACAACUUGUACCAAUGUAUCCCGUAAGUUUUGACAAAAGUUCAUUGUCCUACGGAUUUAAUUUUUCCUCUCUCCACAAAACCUGCCAGAAGCAUUGACUAUUACCAGUGUUUUCUGAUGUAUUUCCUAUUUCCAGUAUCGGCAGAGUCUUGUUUUUGUAAUGUUCACCGUGUCGUUAACAAAAUGUCCAGGAACCGAUUUCAAACACGAUUUGCCUGUGAGCCACUUAUUAACAUAGAUUGGUCAGAGGAUCCUAACGAAGCGUGUCCUAAAGAAGGAACAAGGUCUGGAGAGGCAGGGGGCCCAGAAUUUGGGUCUUCCUGGCUGAUUGUCCCAUUGCUAGUGGUGACCUGAUUAAACAUGGAGGCACACAAGACUGCAGAUGCUGGAAUCUGA